AUGCGCCUGACCUAUGGGAACGCGCGGACCAGCGACCAGCUGUGUGGGAACAGGGGGGUGGUGGGGGGGCAACUUCUCUGCCGAAGUGUCAAAGCAACAGCUGUCCCGCAGCCCCGCGCCGGGCGCCAGAAGGAGAGCAGUGCGCUCUCGGUGUUGGACUUAACAGAAGACUUGAUUCCCACCACCCCCCCGCCCCCAGGUUUCGCGGAUUCUUUGGAAAUAUAUUUGCUAUUGUGUAAGGUAACGCGCCACCUGCCUGCCGCCGUCAUCCACGACGAGCUCCUGCAUGGAAACCCCGGCGUGGUGGUAUCCCUUCGCAAUGCAAAGAUGGCGACCCUGCUCCCUCCCCCAGGCACCGAUGUCUUCCGCCCGUUCACCCGGGAAUCACUGGAGGAGAUCAAGAGGCUCGAGGUGGAAAGACAGAAGGCAGCAGAAGUAGACGUCAAGGAAGAUGGAGAACCGGCUGCCCCUCACGCUGAUCUGGAGGCAGGCAAGAGCCUACCCCUAAUCUUUGGAGACCCCCCACCGGAGAUGCUCAACACGCCGCUGGAAGACCUGGAUCCCUUCUACAAGUCACAGAAUACAUUCGUCGUGAUCAGCAAAGGAAACACCAUCUUCAGGUUCAAUGCCGAACCAGCCUGCUACAUUCUGAGUCCCUUUAGUUUAUUUAGCAUGUUCAUCAUGUUAACAAUCCUGUCAAACUGUGUAUUCAUGACGAUGAGCAACCCGCCAGCGUGGAGCAAAACCGUUGAGUAUGUUUUUACUGGUAUUUAUACUUGUGAGGCGACGAUCAAAGUGUUGUCUCGAGGCUUCUGUAUGGGACAUUUUACAUUCCUUCGAGAUCCGUGGAAUUGGCUUGAUUUCAUGGUGAUCAGCAUGGCUUACGUCACAGAGUUCGUUGACCUUGGCAAUGUUUCAGCCCUCAGAACAUUUCGUGUACUUCGAGCCCUGAAAACAAUUACUGUGAUUCCUGGUCUGAAAACAAUCGUGGGCGCCUUGAUCCAGUCUGUGAAGAAAAUGGUGGACGUCAUGGUUUUGACCGUCUUCGCCCUCGCCGUUUUCGCUCUGGUCGGCCUUCAGCUUUUCAUGGGACACCUGCGGCAGAAGUGCGUGCGAUGGCCUAUCUUUACCAAUGAAACUGCAUUUGAGUUUCCCAACGCCACCUCUGCGUUCAGCGAUGCAGAGUACUUCAACACCACGAUGGGUGCCAACGGCACAGCAUAUUCCAACAGCACCUUCAAUUUUUUGGAAUACAUUGAAAACACGGACAAUCAUUAUUAUUUGGAAGGCAGUCAGGAUGCCUUACUCUGUGGCAACAGCUCUGAUGCUGGAAAUUGCCCCGAGGGAUAUACAUGCAUGAAAGCAGGGAGGAACCCUAACUUUGGCUACACCAGCUUUGACUCUUUUGGCUGGGCCUUCCUUGCUCUCUUCAGACUCAUGACCCAGGACUUCUGGGAGAACCUUUUCCAGCUGAUUUUACGGACAGCUGGUAGGACAUACAUGCUGUUCUUUGUGGUGGUUAUCUUUCUGGGCUCCUUCUACCUCAUCAACCUCAUCCUGGCCGUGGUAGCCAUGGCGUACUAUGAACAAAAUCAGCAAAGUCAGCUAGAGGCCAUAGAAAAAGAGGAGGAGUUCCAGAGGCUGCUUGAGCAACUCAAGAAUCGAGAAGAGGCUCAAGCCCUUGGAAGCCGAGCCUCUCUGACCAGUAGGAAGUCCCUCAGUCAUCAUACAAUGUCUGAGAUGGGAGAUGAAGCUCAGACACCCAAACAAGAGGAGUUUGUAAAGGACUGUAACGGGAGAGUCAUUCCCCAUCUUAUGGUUAGAGCACCUACUAUGGAUGAGUCUGCUGCAGAUUAUGAACUCAGAUCGAAGUCAUUAGAGUCUGUGCACAGCAUGCUUCACCUGGAGGAACCAGGCCUGACUAAGAGAUCCAUCAGUGCCGCAACUGUGCUUACAGCAACUGCUCUGGAAGAGUUGGAGGAUGCGCAGAGGCCAUGCCCACCUUGCUGGUACAGAUUUUCAGACGUUUUCCUGAAGUGGAACUGUUGCGUGCCCUGGAUUGUCUUUAAAAAGUGGGUGAACUUUGUGGUGAUGGAUCCCUUUGUCGACCUGGGUAUUACCAUCUGCAUUGUGCUCAACACCCUCUUCAUGGCCAUGGAGCACUACCCCAUGACCCCGGAGUUUGACAACAUGCUUGCAGUGGGAAAUCUGGUUUUCACUGGGAUCUUCACAGCUGAGAUGUUUUUCAAGCUUAUUGCCAUGGAUCCUUACUACUACUUUCAAGUCGGAUGGAACAUUUUCGACAGUAUUAUUGUAACUAUGAGUCUGGUGGAACUGGGACUGGCAAAUGUCCAGGGACUGUCAGUCUUACGAUCGUUCCGUCUGCUUCGUGUCUUCAAGCUGGCAAAAUCCUGGCCCACGCUCAACAUGCUGAUCAAGAUCAUCGGUAACUCAGUUGGAGCUUUAGGGAAUCUGACUCUGGUGCUGGCCAUCAUCGUCUUCAUUUUUGCUGUUGUGGGUAUGCAGCUUUUUGGAAAGAACUACAAGGAUUGUGUGUGCAAGAUUUCCUCAGAAUGCGAGCUGCCGCGCUGGCACAUGCACGACUUCUUCCACUCUUUCCUCAUCGUGUUUCGCAUUCUGUGUGGGGAAUACAUCGAGACCAUGUGGGACUGCAUGGAGGUGGCCGGGCCAACCAUGUGCUUAAUCGUCUUUAUGAUGGUGAUGGUCAUUGGGAACCUUGUGGUGCUGAACCUCUUCUUGGCCUUGCUGCUCAGCUCCUUCAGUGGAGACAACCUCUCAGCGGGGGACGAUGACGGGGAGAUGAACAAUCUCCAGAUCGCCAUUGGCCGGAUCACACGGGCCAUCAACUGGGCUAAAGCCUUUAUUGUUCAAAUGGUCCUGCAGAGUCUUGGCAGGAAGCCCCAGGAGCCCGACGAGGGCCCAGUGGAUGAGGUUGAGUCUAAAAUGGAGGCAAUCGAAAUGAACCAUUUUGACAGCAAUCAGACUUUAAAGCUGCCAGAUGGGACUCAGGACUGUCCAGUCGAGAGCCAGCCCACCGGGUUUACCGUGGAUGGAGAGCUUAAUCUCAAUGUGCCAAUCGCAGAGGGAGAGUCAGACUUCGAAAAUUUGAGUGAAGAAGACGACGAUGGUGAGGAUGAUAAAGAUGAGGAUGACAACUCGGAUGAAGACGAAAGACAUCUCUUACCGGAUGCAAAAAACUCAGAUGGAUCUGAUAUCUCAAGAAAAAUCAGACUGAUGGGUGCUGUGAAUGAUGAGGAUUCUUCAGUGUGCAGCACAGCAAACUAUCAACCGUCUGAGCCUGAACCAGAUGAAAUGGAGGAGGAGGAGCCCGACCCCAUAGAGCCCGAGGCCUGCUUUACUGACAAAUGUGUGCAGAACUGGCCGUGUCUUACUGUGGAUAUCUAUCAAGGCAAAGGCAAGAAAUGGUGGAAUCUCCGAAAGACGUGCUUCACUAUAGUGGAACAUGAUUGGUUUGAAACCUUCAUCAUCUUCAUGAUCCUCCUCAGCAGUGGAGCUCUGGCUUUUGAGGACAUAUACAUAGAAAAACGCAGAACCAUCAAAAUCAUGCUGGAGUUUGCAGACAAGGUUUUCACCUACAUCUUUGUCAUUGAGAUGCUCCUUAAAUGGGUUGCAUAUGGAUUCAAGACCUACUUCACCAACGCUUGGUGCUGGCUAGACUUUUUCAUUGUGGAUAUUUCCCUGAUUAGUUUAGUUGCCAACUGGAUGGGCUACUCGGACCUUGGACCAAUCAAAUCCCUCCGAACCCUCCGAGCUCUUAGGCCUCUUCGGGCACUUUCAAGAUUCGAGGGAAUGCGGGUGGUGGUGAACGCUCUGGUCGGAGCGAUUCCCUCCAUCUUCAACGUGCUGCUGGUCUGUCUGAUUUUCUGGCUCAUCUUCAGCAUCAUGGGAGUUAAUUUGUUUGCUGGGAAGUUCUACCGCUGCAUCAACACCACCACGGGGGAACUUUUCCCCAUCACUGUGGUCAACAAUUACAGUGAUUGCAUGGCCGUUAAAGAAGCCACACAGGAUGCCCGCUGGACCAACGUCAAAGUCAACUACGACAACGUUGGACAAGGCUACCUGUCCUUGCUUCAAGUGGCGACCUUUAAAGGCUGGAUGGACAUCAUGUAUGCUGCUGUUGACUCCAGAGAGGUUGAGGAACAGCCCUCUUAUGAGAUCAACCUCUACAUGUACAUAUAUUUUGUUAUUUUUAUCAUUUUUGGCUCGUUCUUCACCUUGAACCUCUUCAUCGACAAAGACAUCUUCAUGACUGAUGAACAGAAAAAGUACUUGGAGGCCAUGAGAAAACUUGGUUCCAAAAAGCCACAAAAACCAAUUCCUCGCCCAACCAACCUGAUCCAGGGCCUGGUGUUUGACUUCAUAAGCCAACAGUUCUUUGACAUCUUCAUCAUGGUGCUGAUUUGCCUCAACAUGGUGACCAUGAUGGUGGAAACGGACAACCAGAGUGCAGAGAAGGAGGACUUCCUGUUUAAACUGAAUGUGGCGUUCAUUGUUGUCUUCACGGGAGAGUGCGUGCUGAAGCUCUUCGCUCUGCGACAUUACUUCUUCAAAAACGGCUGGAACGUUUUUGACUUCAUCGUGGUCAUCUUGUCCAUAGCCGGCACAAUGCUCUCAGACAUAAUUGAGAAGUACUUUGUGUCACCAACUCUCUUCAGAGUGAUCAGACUGGCCAGGAUUGGAAGGAUUCUGCGUCUCAUCAAAGGAGCUAAGGGCAUUCGGACGCUUCUGUUCGCUCUAAUGAUGUCACUUCCUGCCCUAUUCAAUAUCGGCCUCCUGCUCUUCCUCAUUAUGUUCAUCUUCUCCAUAUUUGCCAUGUCAAACUUUGCCUAUGUCAAAAAGGAGGCCGGGAUUGAUGACAUUUUUAAUUUCGAGACGUUUGGCGGGAGCAUUAUCUGCCUAUUUCAGAUUACGACCUCUGCAGGCUGGGAUGGCCUUCUGCUUCCGAUAUUGAACAGGGAGCCCCCUGACUGUGAUCCAGACUUUGAGAAUCCGGGCACAGAUGUAAAGGGUAACUGUGGCAACCCAGGCAUGGGUAUGAUGUUCUUCUGCAGCUACAUCAUCAUUUCAUUCUUGGUUGUGGUCAACAUGUACAUUGCCAUCAUCUUGGAGAACUUCAAUGUGGCCCAAGAGGAGAGCGGCGAUGCGCUCUGUGAGGAGGAUUUUGAGAUGUUCAAUGAGACCUGGGAGAAGUUCGAUGUAGAUGGAACGAUGUUCAUUGGAUACAGCCAGCUCUCCGAUUUUUGCGACACGCUGCAGGAGCCGCUGAAGGUCGCCAAACCCAACCGGCUACGGCUGAUCGAAAUGGAUCUACCUCUGGUCAUCGGGGACAGGAUCCACUGCCUGGACGUGUUGCUGGCCGUCACGCAAAACGUGCUGGGCGACACCGUGGAGAUGGCGGCCAUGCGAAAGAGCAUCCAGGCCAAGUUCAUUCUGAGCAACCCCACCUCGGACUCCUUUGCGCCCAUCACCACAACGGUGCGGCACAAAGAGGAGCACAGGGCGGCGGCGCUCAUUCAGAAAGCUUACCGCCUCCGCCUUUUGAAGCGCUGCUUACGCCACGCCGCCUUCAUGCACCGCUCAAAGAGGACGGGCCGCAAGCCUGAAGCCGAGGAGCCACCGGAGAAAGAGGGCCUGCUCGCGCGAAGGCUGGGCGUGCUCUACGGGAGCAACGCGGAACUUGCAGAGGAAAUGGAGCGAGCGGCUUUAGAAACUCUAGAAAGCCAACAGCAGCAACUUCAUCCUGAAAGACUGUCGCAUUACGAAGAGGCCUGGUGCGAACACGAGCUUCCUGAGUCAAACGUGAUUGUCGUCCCCGUGGAAAUCACCAAUGAAGUUUUAUUACAUUGUGCUCCCACUCACCGUCUCAUCACCUUUCAAGAAAACUUGAGAGAGUCCAUUGUAUAACAAACUCUGCAAAGUAAUUAUGUCUUCCCUCUAUUAAGGUUUUGACGUUUUUAUCUAGGCUUUGCUACAUAUUCCUGUAUAUCCUUCAUGGAGCAUUUCCAUCUCUUGGGGGUGAAAUGUGAAAAUGGAGUGGGUGGUUUUUUGUUAUAAUAUAUAAUUAUAACAUUGUUGUUAUAAUAUAACAACAUCAAUCUUUAAAAUUAGUUGAUGUUAAAUUGAUAUUUCUGGAUGAGAGAUACAAUAAUUUCUAACAGUUUUUUUGCUUGUCUUUACUUUUUCCCCCCCAGAAAACAACUCUGGAUAAUCUGAUUGUUUUUGCAUUAUUGUAGAAGAGACUAUGUGACGUAACAGAACACUUUACCAAUAUCAGUAAACAUGACCUAGCUUCCUCAAUGUGUUUGACAAAAUGUGACAGAGGCUUUCACUGAGGUCAUAAAAGUGUAUUAGACAAAAACUCAUACCAAGAUGGCCGUAUUUAAACAUUGGGGAUUUUUUUGUACAUAUGUAAAUUAGUAUGUAGAAUAAAGGGUAUCUGGUUGUGAACUCUGCCAGUGCAACACUUCUGUUCCAUCUGUGGUUAGUUAACAGUCUCGACAUCUGUCCCUGUCUGACUCUGUCAGAGAGGGUGAGUUUAUAUUGCACUAUUUAUAUCCCGUCCAGGUCAAAAUUAGAGCGGUUUUCUGUCUUAUAUCGCUUUCUCACAUGGUGUUUUUCAAGAUAUCAUGCAUGUCUUAUUAAUGUUUCAGCUUUUUGUUUUUCUCCUUUUAGUGGCGUUAGGUGUCUGAAUAAGCAAAAAAGUCAUUCUUUCCCCUAACUUAAAAGCAAAUGACUUUGCUGCAUUAAGGUUAAAACUGUAAUCAGCAAAUGGAUUUAAACAGAAAAAACAUGGCUGCACUUUUAUAAUAGGUGAAGUUAAAUAAUCACAAAAGAGCCCUUUCUUACUAACCAUGUGAUGUGGAUCUUCUCUUAAAUCUGUCCUCAUGUACAAAAGUUGCUUGUGUGAGUCUUAACUGUAUUUCAGAUGUCUUACUUUCAGGAUACUGUGCCUUACUUCUCCAAAGUUUUAGGCAUUUUGGGUAAAGGGAUGUUUGGAAAUAAAACCAUGAAUAACUUCUGUUUAAAAGGAACAAGCCAGUUAUGUGUCACUACUAAACCAAGUCAAUAUUUGGUUUAAGGACAUGUUGCAAAGUUAUGCAACCUAAGUUUAUGCAACUUAACCUAAAUUCUAUACUGAUGAUACACAUGGAUGCAGGAUGCAGAUGAAGCUCAAAUCCACAAAUAAGUGGCAUUUUUAAUUAUUAAUCAGUUUCAAGAGUGUCUAACAAAAUGAUGGACCUGUGUUUAAUUCUGAAAUGGUUUGGCUUCCUGUUGCCCUGUCCCAGAAAAACUGAAUAUCUGCAUUUAAAAGGACAUGUUUUGCAUGUAGCAUUUUGGCCUAAAUAUAGUUUGGAUGUAAUUUACUGUAAACAUGGUUGUAUUCUCUUCAAUCAGGAUUUGAAUAUUAAUAAAUAUAUAAAUUACAUCUAACCAUCUGAAGUGCCUAAAACCUUCUGCACAGAACUGUACAAACAUGAAUUAUAUGAGCACUUUCACAUGUUUUUACACCACUGUACAACUUUAUAUGUUCAGCUCUGAUUUACCAUCGGCCUUGGAGGAAAAUAGAGAUUAUUGUUUUCUCCUCGGGAGGUUUUUGUGAUGUAUCCUGUCAGGAGUUUGCAGUGUCCUCUGAUGGUACAUUCAUAUUUACGGGACAGUCUUCCAUUUGUUUACAUUUCUACUGAGUGAAAAGCUACAUGGAGAGUUUUACAGGUACACUCACAAUCGGUGUUGAUUGUACAUAUAUACAUUUGAAUAUAUGCAUUUGUUUGUAUGUUUUCCUCAUGUGUUAUUUGUUUAUAUCUUUUUGUUAAUGGAAAACAUGUAACUAUAUUCUUGAAAUAAAACAUUUCUUUAGGUUAUUUGGUUAGUUGUGUUCUCAUGUCGUGUGGAACUAGAGACGAGUGGCGCCCUCUGGUGGUUGAAUGGUCACAAGGCUACACUUCGGCAAGUUUUUUUUACACAAUAAAUAAAAUAAAA